UGUUCUUUUUCAGAAUAAAAUUGUUUUAGUCUGAUUCAACUGAUAAUAACGAUAAUCGGCCUUGUAAGACACGUAGAGAUUGAACGUGUAUAUAGCUGGAACCUGUUCUUGAAAGAAUGGCAGGAUCUUCGCGUAGUUACAAUCCAUCUCGCAAGCCGGAUAUUAGAGAGAUGCGAGAUACAGGGGGAAAGAAUGGUAUGGAUGGUAAGGAGGACAUUGAGAUGAAGGACAAGGAGGACAAGAUGGACAAGAUGGAAGACCAGUAUGAGGAUCAAUAUCUAUCUGCUGUUGGAAACAUUGGAAAAUGGCAACUUAGAUCUAUCCUAACUUUAGGAAUAUUCUGUAUUCCUGUGGCCUUCCAUGUUCUUAUCAUGACCUUCAUGAAUGCAAAGGUAGAAAGUUGGUGUGCCCGGCCAGCCCAUCUGUCUUCACUAAACCUUUCUACCUGGCGUACAGUUAGCGGGCAGGUCAACCAGUCCUGUCAGAUUAUUAACACUACCUGGACCUUAUUCAGUUUGACAGAUUUAGAAAACUUGUCUGUGUUCCCCAAUGAAGAAAACAGUUUAAUUGAUUGUACAGAAUGGGAAUACGAUACAUCACAGUUUAUUUCUACAAUUACAGGAGAGUUUAAUCUUGUCUGUAGUCGUGAAUAUCUUGUAUCUACUGCUCAGACUCUUUACUUUAUUGGAAUGAUAUUUGGAGUUUUCACUUUCGGAGUUCUAGCUGACUAUAUUGGAAGGAAAACAGUGAUGAUACCUCUUCUGAUGCUAGUUGGUGUGACAGGAAUCGGAACCGCGAUGGCACCAACCUUUGAGCUGUUUAUGGCAUGCAGGAUGAUAAAUGCAUUUUUCCUAAUCGGAAUAUGGGAAACUCAGUUUACAUAUAGCAUAGAAUUAGUUGGAGGAAGAUGGAGUACAAUUGUUGGUAUGGGUAUGGAAUAUUUCUGGGUCACUGGUUGGCUAAUUAUGGCUAUACUAGGAUAUCUCAUUAGGUCUUGGCGCACCUUAAUGUUGUCAGUAUCAAUACCCAUACUACCCGCAUUUCUUCUAUUCUGGUUAGUUGAUGAAAGUCCUCGCUGGUUGAUUUCAAGGGAUAAACUAAAAAAGGCUGAAGACAUUAUAAGAGGAUUGUGUAAAACCAACAGAAAAGUAUUGGAUUCCGCCUGGACACUUAAACCAGUAAAAAAGAAGAAUGAAGAUGAAGAGGAUAAAAGAAAAACAAAUAUUUUAGAUCUAUUCAGGACUCCAAACAUGCGAAUAAAGACCUUCAUCAUAUGGUACAAUUUCUUCGUCAAUGCAUUUGUUUACUAUGGACUGACAUUAAACAGCGGAGACCUGGGCGGUGGUAACGUUUUCCUUAGUUUUACCAUCUCAGGGCUUCUUGAGAUUCCAGCCUAUGGUUUGGCAAUAAUAGUUCUUCUCAAAUAUGGAAGACGAUUCCCGUAUUCUGGUUCUCUAGUACUAUCCGGAAUUUUCCUCCUCUGUAUUUCCCUAGUGCCUAAAGGUGUUUAUCAAGAAGACUGGCCCGCCAUGGCUCUUGCACAACUUGGUAAAUUUUGCAUCACCUUCGCAUUCGGGGCUUUGUUUGUUUACAGUGCAGAACUGGUUCCUACAGUAAUUAGAACCGGAACUAUUGGCAGUGCUUCGUUUAUAGGGCGCCUGGGAGGAAUAAUUGCUCCUUGGGUCGGUGGUUUAUCAAGUGUAAAUCCACAUUUACCAGUCUGGAUAUUUGGAACAAAUGCUAUACUCGCUGGAUUAUGUGCUUUCUGCUUACCAGAGACUGCAGGAAAACCUUUAGCUUACACAAUACAGGAGUCUGAGAAGUUAGCUGUACAUUUGCCGUGCAGAAACAGAAAAAUAUCUUCCGAGAAUAUUUAGAAGAAAAAUGUUUUGUGUCAAGUUACAAAAAGCGUUUCUAAACUGUUGAACUUUUCUGAACUGUUUAACAUAUUUAGAUUGUAAAAAUAUUAAAAUUGUUAAAUAUUUCUAAAUUGUUAAAUAUAUCUUUAUAAAUAACA